CAGAUAGAACCACAUGUUUGCGCUUUGGCAGCAUGAGUUCAUCAGGAAUUUGGAAGAACCUCAAAUUUCUCUUCAAGCUCGUAGUAGACAACUUCCUAUCCAUGGUGACCGUGCCAAUAGCGGCAGCCACUAUUGUUGUGGUAGCAAGGCUCGGGCACGAUGAGAUCCUGGGUCGGCUCAGAGCCCUUACACCUGCAUACCUCUUCUUGUCAUGCUUCCUCCCAGCCUCUGCAGUUACCAUGUAUCUAUUAUCACAACCACGGAAGGUGUACCUCGUCGACUACGCCUGCUUCCAUGGCACUCAUCUUAACCGCGUCCCAUUUGCCGCAUUCCUGGAGUGCGCGCGCCAAUCGUCUACACUCAACGAACGGAGCAUCUGUUUCAUGUCGCGGCUUCUCGAGAGCUCAGGGCUCGGCGAGGAGACCUGCUUGCCCACACCAGUCCACUAUAUCCCAUGGAAGAAGUACUUAACAUUAGAGGCGGCCCGCGAAGAGGCUGAGCUCGUGGUCUUCUCAGCCAUUGACGAAUUGUUUUCCAAGACAAACGUAUGUCCUGACACUAUCGACAUACUAGUCGUCAACUGCAGCGGCUUCAACCCAACACCGUCCUUCAUCGACAUGAUAAUAAACAAGUACAAGCUACGAGGCGACAUCCGCAGUGUGCACCUAUCUGGAAUGGGGUGCAGCGCUGGGCUGAUAUCAGUAGAGGCUGCGAGGAACCUUCUACAGACCGCGCGCCGAGGCGCACGAGCGUUGGUGGUAUCUACAGAAACUCUAUCCCCCCUUCUUUAUGAUGGGAAUGAGCGAGCUAUGCUUCUGCCAUUUUGCCUGUUCCGCAUGGGCGGAGCAGCCGUGCUACUGUCCACAUCCGCCGCCAAAGCCCGACUCCGGCUCAUGUCGGUUGUGCGUACGCUUACCGCGGCGGAUGAUAACUCAUAUAGAUGCAUACAUCGAGAGGAGGAUGACAAGGGGCACACUGGUGUCAAUCUCUCCAAGGACCUUAUCGCUGCUGCCGGCCGCACUCUCAAAGCCAACAUCGUCACCCUUGCACCCAUCGUCCUCCCAAUCUCGGAACAACUUUUGUUUGCAAUGUCCUUUGUGGCACAAAAGCUGACCAACGGGCGUUUCAAAGUGUACGUGCCCAACUUCCUCACAGCAUUUGAGCAUUUCUGCAUACACGCUGGUGGGACUGCGGUCAUCGAUGAGGUUCAACGCAGCCUCAGCUUGUCCGACGAGCAUGUUGAGCCAUCGAGGAUGGCCCUGCACCGCUUCGGAAACACAUCCAGCAGUUCAACUUGGUAUGAGCUAGCAUAUAUAGAGGCCAAGGGCCGUAUGCAUCGUGGUGAUCGCGUAUGGAUGAUCGGCUUUGGCUCAGGAUUCAAAUGCAACAGCGCGGUGUGGAAGUGCAUCAUUCCAUCCCCCGACACGAAUGGGCCAUGGGCAGGGUGCAUCCACCGCUAUCCAGUGAAGAUCAAGUCCCUCAAAACAAGUACCAACAAUACACGCAUGCCAGGUCACAAUAAUAAGCAGUUCAAAGACACUUGAAACGGGCUAACAAAAGGAUGCUUUGUUUCUUUUUUUUACCCGCUUUGAUUUCUAAAAUAAAUAGGGAGUACAAGGGAAGGCAAAGCCUCACUAUUAUAAUGUAUCAUCUCCAUUAUUGUACCUGUACACCGCAGAAAAUAUUGUACUCAAUCUUUUCUUACCUUGUAAUGUUAUUUGUAUAUCCUUGGUUGUGUUUCUCUCAAA